AGCAGAAAGCUUUUGCUGAUUGGCUACCUUGAUAUCACAAGUUCAUAAUAAACCUCGUGGAAUUAAACAAGUAUGAAUAGCAUAAUGCCCAGCACAGCAUCGGAUGGGACCUCAAGGAAUGCUGAAGGAGCUCAGCUUCAGGAUGACAACCUGAUGGCUUCUCCAGACUGGAACAGAGAUGCCCAGGAAGAUGAUACCACUCUGAAAGAAAAAGAACAAUCUGGCAUGGCUGCUGGAGCCAGGGAGCCCAGACUGAGGGAGCCCCUGGGGCAGAUAACUAGCUGGAGUUCGCAGACUUUGCUCAGUAAGGAGGAUGAGGAUGAAUCCUUAAAAUAUUCCAAAUAUAGACUAGGAGGGUCAGUUGACAGUGUAUUGUCUCUUGCGUCUUCUGAGCCUUUCGACCCACUUGAAAGGAAGACAUUGAGAUCUAAGCAAUCACAGGGUGCUUUGGCACAUUCCUCAAGCAUAGCUCAAGAAGGCACGUAUGGAAGACAUAAACCAACAGCAGAUACUACUCAAGACAUUGUGGAUGAUAUAAUAGGUGAUGAAGUUGCUUUCAAAAUACCUGUUCAGCCGAUCAGUAAUAAUAAUAGUCCAGGUGCUACUCACAGCAUGGCUUCCAGAGACAUUUACCCCCAGAUACACACUGGACCAGCAAGUCAUGGUGAAGCUGCCUACUUAGAACGUUCUCCAGACACUGCACUUUGUUUUCUUGCACCCUGCCCAAGGUCAGAAGGGCUUCCAGAAGCUGGGAUACCAGAUGGACAGACAGUCAUCUUGGAUAAUCCACAGAAUUUGCUUGAUUCACAUGAAACGCUGAUGUUGUCAGAGACAGAAACAACAGCAUCACAAUGCUCUGCUAAUGAAUCCUUUGCAGGAAUGAAUCAGGAAAGUCCUGGCUUAAUCCAUGGGAUUAAGAUGAUUGCAGCAUUGUCAAAGAGCGCCUAUGGCAGUGGCACAACAUCGUCUGCAGACAGGGUUUCUAACACUCACAAGGCAACAGAGACAGAAGAAUCUCAGGAUAGAUCCGUGCAUCUGCUGCAAUCCCUGGUUGAGAGAGCAGAGGAAAUUAAUCAGCUCACGAAGAAAGUGCAGAUUGAGAAUCAGCUGCAGUUGGAGGAAUGGUGCCUACUUUCUGCAGAAAAUGAAAGGUUCAAAAGGGAGGAGGCAAGGAGUUUUAAGGAAAAGAUGGCAACCCCCAGUCACCUCAACUUGGACCGGAGCUCAGCUUUAAUACUACAGCAGCAAAUUGCGAGUCUUAAGAAUCAGGUCGGUGAUCUUCUGGAGGCCAAUGAGGCUGCUGUUCUGGAGCUGACAAAUGCAGACGAAGAGAUUUCACAACUGAAAAAUGAAAUGGCUCAAUUAAAAUCUGAAUAUCUGCAGAAGAUAAAAGAAUCCAAAGAAGAAAAUCAUCUUCUCAAGGAAAUGAUGAACAUGAUGAGCAAGAGGCAUGCUCCACUAACAACCUAUGAGCAGGACCUUCAUGAGGAGAUUUUUCAGCUAAGACGCGAGUCCAGGAGGUUGAGAGAACUCUGUCACCAACUAAAUGAGGAAAACCACAGACUGAAAGAAGAGCUAUGGGAUGUUAAGAGGGAAUACGAACGGCUAGCACAGCUGGCAACAGCCAGAAAGAAGGGCCAGACCACAACAUUAAUUCCUUGGACUGAUCUUUGCAAGAAAGACACUCAGACUAGAAUUCUAUCAUCAGUGCAGUAUGGCAGGAAAGAAGGUUUACAAACAGAUGAGAUGAAUGGAAUUCCCAGCAGCAGAAUGGUGUCUAUACUCAAAGUUUUCAGCCCCCAUACAUGUGAUGAAAGGCAACAAGAAUGUUCUAAAAGCAAUGCCUCCUCAAUGUCUAUGAAUAGUGAGUCUACAGAGAUUCUGAUCACUGGAUACCAUGAUACAGGCUUAAAGAAAGAAUCUAAGAGCAACUCAAAAGAUGGUGCACGUGAGGAGAUCCCAGAACCGUGUGAUGAUGAUUUGUCUGCAGUCAGUCAACAAAAUAGGACACAUCAUCAGAAUUCUCUACAGCAUGAUACAGAUGUAACAGGCAGCCUCUCUGCAACGGAUACCUGCAGUAAAAGUGCCACGAGCAGGACUCCUGUGGGUAAGGUAGUGUUACCAAGACGACCAUUUGCACCAAGAAAUGUUACAGACUUGAAAGUUGGAAACCUGGUGAAAUUCUCCCGUCCAGCAGGGAAAAUCAGUAAAGGAACAAUCAAGUACUUGGGGCACCUGCUUGGGAGAGAGGAUGUGUAUCUUGGGGUAGAACUGGAGGGCAGCGAAGAGGGAAAACAUGAUGGAACAUUUCAGGGAACACGAUACUAUCUCUGCAAACCUAACAAAGGAGUAUUUGUGAACUUCAGCAAGGUCAUUAUGGCAUGGGAAUAAUGAAUCCAGGACAACCUAUAAUAAAAAAAACCCUCAUAUGAGCCUAUGGACUUUUACAGCAAGUUACUGGCAUGCUAUGCCCUUUGACUAUCUGCAAAGAAACUAAUUAUAUUGUUAUACAAGUGCAUUUGUCCAAAGUCUAUUGAUGUAUUUCCUACACAUUUUUAUAGAAAUGUUUACUUUAAAAUAUUUUCUGGAACCUUCGUAGACCUUUUUGUAAAAUAAACGUGAAGUGU